GACUGACGUUUACAAGUUGUCAUGAUAUGUUAGGUUAGAUUCCAGAAAAAUGCCCAAAAAAUUCGCUACUGAAAAUACCAAAGCCGUAACGGCCCGAGAGAGGAAAAAGCAAGCAAAAGAUGAAGCUGCCUCCAAGAAGCAAAAAGAAGUAGAAGAUGCUUAUUGGAAGGACGAUGACAAACAGAUACAAAAGAAGCAGCAGAAAAAGGAAGCUGAGGAGAGAAAACGACAGGAAGCGCUACAGCGAAAGGCUGAAGCAAAAGCUUUGCUAGAGAAAGAAACUGGUGAAGCAGUGAAGAAAACGUUGAAAGUUCCACCACCUGUAAAGGUUACCAGAGCUCAGAUAUCUGCUAAGGUUACAACAGAAACCAAAGUUAAAGAGAAGGAAGAAAAGAAAAUCGAGACACAUUUGGACGUUCCGUUGGUAGAAAACCUGAACAGGCUUGAGAUUGAUGGUGAAGAAGCAAGGACUAUUGAUGAGGCCAUUUCUGUACUAAGUUCGAAAGCAGAGGAUGCCGACAAACACCCCGAGAAGAGAAUGAAGGCCGCGUACAAUGCGUUCGAGGAAAGAAGACUUCAGGAACUGAAAAUUGAGAAUCCGAGUCUAAGAUUGUCUCAACUGAAGCAGAUGAUAUUCAAGGAGUGGCAAAAGUCACCGGAAAAUCCUUUAAAUAAUUAAAUUUAGGUGGAAUUGAAGUCGAUGUUAUGACGAAGACAAAAUUAUUGAAUAUGGAUACGAUUGACGCAACAAUAGGAAAAAUAAUGUCUUCUGACGAUAAAAAAAUACAGAAAAAUUGUUGUUAAAUACAUCACUUGGUGGUAUUAAUUUUUUUGAGGAAUUUAACAUGAUCUAAAGAAUUUUCAUUUUGCGAAUAGGUCUGCGUAUCUGGUCAUAUACAUAUGCAAUUUAUGUUGUUAAUUUUUCAAUUUUGGAAUAAAAUUUAAAAUUCCAUUUUA